AUGACCGCCCAGACUUCACCCAUUCAUGUUGCCAUCGUCGGCGGCGGCAUCACGGGCCUCGUUCUAGCCAUCGGCCUGCGCGCUCGUGGCAUUUCCCACACCCUCUACGAGCGUGCUGCCGGCUUUUCCGAGUAUGGCGCGGGCAUCGGAUUCAGCCCCAACGCUGAGGUCGCCAUGACGCUGAUCGACCCCCAGUUGCACGCUGUCUUCAAGCAAGCCGUCACGCCCAACGGACUCGACUACUUUCAAUGGAUCGACGGCUUCACAACAGACGACCAAAUCUUCCAGUUGUACCUGGGCAGAGACGGCUUUCAGGGCGGGCGGCGGUCGGAGAUCCUGGGCGCCUGGGCAGCUCUUGUCGAGCCGGCCAACGUUCAGUUUGGGAAAGAGGUGGUUGCAGUCAUCGACCCAAAGAAUGGUCCAGUCAACCUGUCCUUUGCCGACGGCACUACAGCCACGGCCGAUGUCGUCAUUGGUGCGGACGGCGUUUGGUCGCGCGUGCGUACUCUGCUGUUUGGCCCGGAGUUCCGCGCCUCCUACACGCACCAGUACUGCUUCCGCGCCGUCGUCCCCAUGGACGGACCUGACGGCGCCGUUGCCGCCUUGGGUCAGGCCCGCGCCUCGUCUCGGUACAUGUACAACGGCCCCGGCGCUCACGCCAUUACCUACCCGGUAGCCAAGGGUGCCUUGCUCAACGUCUUGGUCGUCAUUGGCGAUGACAAGCCGUGGGGUGAUGCUACACGGGCAAGCGGCAGCAACGACGAACAGAACGUGUCUGCCGAUACAGGCGUCGCCAACCGUCAGACCACUGGAAAGGGCCGUCGUGCUGACGCCGAGGCCGUUUUGGCCGGCUGGCAGUCCACUCCUCGCGCCGUCGUCGGCCUCCUUCCCGACACACCCGACCGCUGGGCCAUCUUUGACAUGCUCGAGCAUCCCGUGCCCACGUACAAUCGUGGCCGUGUGGCCCUCGCCGGCGAUGCCGCCCAUGCUGCCGGCCCACACCUGGGCUCCGGCGCCGGGUUCGGUAUCGAGGACGCUCUGGCCUUGUCGACUGUGCUGGCUGAAGUGAACAAUCCUGCCAUGGUAGACAGUGCCCUGUCCGCCUACAGCAAGGUCCGCUACGAACGCACGCAGUGGCUGGUCCGCGCCACCCGCGAGGCCGUCGACCUGUUCCAGUGGGCGGGUCCCGGAGCACAACCGGGCGCGGAUCCCAAUCAUGGCCAGGACCCGGCCGUCUUUGGUCCUGAAAUUACGUGGCGCUUCCACACGAUAUGGAAGUACGAUUUGGAACGGAUGCAGGCCGAGGUGCGGGCGCUGUAUGAAGCAGCUCUGGGGGCACGGUAG